AUGCCUCGGACUUACAUAAGAAAGAAAAUUAAAUUAUACACUCCACAAGAUUUAGCUCAAGCGAUCGCAAAGGUAAAAAAUGGAGAACUUACGCAAUAUAGAGCAGCGCAAGAGUACAAAAUUCCAAUGACGACUCUUCAUGAAAACUUAAAAAAAGGUAAAGAAACUACCAGACCAAAUGCAGGUAGACCAACCGUUAUACGCCUAGAAGAUGAGAAAAAAUUAGCAGAAACUGUCAGAAUUAUGGAAAAAUGGGGAUAUGGUCUGUCUAGGUUUGAAAUUAUGGAGCUUGUCGCUGAAUAUGUGCGGGUGAAUAAGAUUCAAACACCAUUUAAAAAUAAUGUCCCAGGCACAGACUGGUUCAUUAAUUUCCGGAAACGACAUAGAUUAUCAAUUAAAAAAGCACAGCCUGUAGAAUUUGUAAGAAGAAAAAUGACAGAUCCAUUCGUCAUUGGUGAAUAUUUCAAUUUACUCGAAAAUACUUUAAAAGAUUUGGAUCUUUUUGAAAGUCCUCAACUCAUUUGGAACUUAGAUGAAACGUCGUUAUGCCUGGAUCCAUCCAGAACUAAAGUAUGUGGACAAAUAAAUAAACCUUGUGCGAGGUCCACCCAUGGGAGUGGAAAAGAAAAUAUCACUAUGUUGACAGGCGCAAGCGCUAAUGGCAAGAAGUUGCCGCCUUUGAUUGUAUUUAAAGGCAAAUUUGUUUGGGAUCAGUGGAUGGCUGAACUGGUUGGUGGUGAUUACGAUUUCGAAUUAUCGUAUGCAGCCAGUACUAAAGGGUGGAUGGAAACAGACAUUUUCUAUAAUUAUAUAGAAAAAGUUCUUAUCCCAAGUUUGGGCGAGGAGCGCCCGGUUCUUAUUGUUUAUGAUGGUCACUCAACUCACGUCCAUGUAAGAGUUGUGGAACUGGCAAUACGAAACCGUAUCACAAUUCUUAAACUACCGCCACACACAUCACAUUUGCUGCAGCCUCUUGAUAUAGCAGUAUUCAAGUCAUUCAAGUCAAUAUGGGAUGCCAAACUGGUAGAGUGGCAGCGUAGAAAUGUUGGCACGAAAAUGCCAAAAAAAGUUUUCGCUCAAGCGCUGGCAGAUACUUGGAGAGAAACAAACCCCAAUAUUAUCAAAAGUGGAUUUAGAAAAGCUGGGAUUUUCCCUUUCAAUGCGCACGUGAUACCUGUGGACAAAUAUGAUCCAGAUGCAUAUAAAAGGUACCAAAAAAAGACAUUAGAAAAACAUUUAGCUUCCACACAACCGACACCAAAAAAUCCGAAGUCACUACAAGAAAUUUGUAUUGGCUUGUUUAACAAUCAACUUGCAACAACAAAUGAUGCUUUUGAAAAUGCAAAUACCGAUGACGUUACCUUGCUGUCGCAAAUUUCAAAGUCCAGUAUCCAAACUUUGAGUUUUGUGGCCGGACAGCCAACCCAACUACCUGCAUGUUUACAGAAAUCGUCAAACACUGAUAAGGAUACCUUGUUGUCUCUGGUAUCGAAACCUGAUAUCCAGACUUUGAGUUUUGUCGCAAAACAACCAUCCCAAAUACCUAUAUGUUUACAGAAUUCUAAUCAAACAUCAACUCAAAAUUUAUCAAAAAUAAAAAUAAUCUCGAACGUUAUCAUCAAAAAAGCAUCUCCACAGUUACUUCAAGCUCAACGACUACCCGAGCCAUCAUGCACAUUCGAAGAACUGCUUUUAAGAAAAAUACAACAGGACAAAAAAGAUAAUAAACCGACAAAAAAGAAACGUGUCACUAAAGGUGCUGAAGUGAUAACAGCAACAAUGGGUAAGAAAAUUUUAGAAGAAACGGUAAAAGCUAAGAAAGCGAAAGCAAACCCCAGUAAAAUUUACAAAAAAAGAACAGCAAAAGUAAAAAAUAAGGAAGAUUCUGAAAUAACAAUAUUUACAGCACAGCAACAAGAAUAUCAUCCAGGCCCUUCAGGCAUAAGGAAUAAGAAGAAACGAAAACGCCAGCCUUCACUUGACAGCAUAACUAGUGUAUCCGACAUUAUGAGCGAACAUAGUGAUUCUGAUACUAUUGAAUGUGUUGAUUUUGAAGAAUUGACGGAUGAAUACUCUGAAAAUGGUUUUCUCACUAACAAGAAUUUAAAUCCUCUCUGUAUUAAGGGUAAAGGUGUAGGCAAAAGAAGUAAAGGGAAAGAAAACAAAGUGGAAGAAAAAGUCGAAGAAAAUAAAGAGGAAAGACUCAUUGAAAGAAAUUACGAAUGUGAUAUUGAUGUUUUUACUAAAGAAAAAAAUAUGACAACUAGAGAAUUCUUGAAAGAAAAGGACAAAGAUGAGCAACUGCUACUUAAACAGGAAAGUAAAGAAAUAAUAUGCGAGACUCAAGAAGAGAACCUUGCUAUGAAGGAAAAUUACCAACUAAAUGAUUCAGUACUCGUCAGAUAUUUGAUAAGGAAUAAAUGGAAGUAUUUUGUGGGGUUCAUAGAAAAUAUAAUAAAAAAUGAAGAAAUAUACUUCACUAUCAAUUUUCUAAAAACCGUGAGACCACAGCAGCGCCUUACCUUUAUAACGACUAAAAGAAAGGAUAUUGAUAAAGUUCCAAAGUCAUUAAUAGUGAAGAAGAUAGAUUUAAAAAAAUAUAACGAAAAAGAAUAUUACUUACUUAAUUAUGAAGAUACAAUUUACUUUGACUGA